AUCAGUUUUCCAUUUGCUGUUUGAAUCAAAACAUUCAGAGAAAUAUUUUAAAAAAAUUAAAUUUUUUUCGCAAAUAAAAAGCACAAAAAAUAAAUAGGAAGAGAGAAAAAGAUUUCAAAGGACUUGCUUAAGUUUUUUUGUUGAAUAUUAUUUUGUGAUAAAUUUAAUUAAACAUUAUAAUUAAAAUGAAAUUCUUGGGAGUAGCAAUUUUGCUAGCUCUUGCCGUUCUUUCGGCUGCUGAUGAGGAACCAAAACAAGCAGUUGAAGACACAAAAGCUGAUGAAUCUCAAGCUGAAGCAUUAGUUGAUAAAAAACAAGAGAAGCGUGGAAUUUAUGAUUUCGGAGACUGGCACUCACAUCAUGAACCAAUCCAUGAAGAGAAGACUCUUACAAUUGUAAAGAAAAUCCCAGUUCCUGUUCAUCAUGUUAAGACUGUCCAUGUUCCACAUGUUAAGGAAGUUCAUGUUCCAGUCAAGGUUGGAGUUCCAAAACCAUACCCAGUCAUUAAACAUGUUCCAUAUGAAGUCAAAGAAAUUGUAAAAGUUCCAGUUCAUGUAACCAAGCACUACCCAGUUGAAAAGGUUGUCCACUAUCCAGUCCAUGUUCAUGUUGAAAAACCAGUUCCUUAUGAAGUUAAAGUGAAAAAGCCUUAUCCAGUAGUCAAAGAAGUCAAAGUUCCAGUUGAAGUCAAGGUUCCAAAACCAUACCCAGUCAUUAAGGAAGUCAAAUACCCAGUUGAGAAGGUCGUUCAUGUUGACAAACCAUAUCCAGUUGAAAAGAUUGAACAUUAUCCAGUCCAUGUCAAGGUUGAUCGUCCAGUACCAUACAAUGUUGACAAACCAUACCCAGUCUACCAUGAAAAGAAAGUCCCAUACCCAGUCGUUAAGGAAGUUAAAUAUCCAGUCCAUGUUCCAGUUGACAGACCAGUACCAGUCUACAAAGAAAGAGAAGUCAAGGUCCCAGUAAAGGUUCCAUACCCAGUCCCAUACCCAGUCACAAAGGAAGUUCCAUAUCCAGUCGAAAAGGAAGUCCCAUACCCAGUCAAGGUACCAGUCGAGAAACCAGUCCAUGUUGAACUCGAGAAGCAUGUCCCAACUGUGGUUACAAAACCAAAACAUUACAAAGUUGAAUAUCCAGUUCACAAAGAAGAACAUCAUCAUCAAGAAUCCAGUCAUGGAGGUCAAGAAGGACUUUCAGAGGGAUAUGAUCAUCACCACUAUUAAAAAGUGGUAACCACCAAAACUAUUGUGAUGUUAACUUCUCUUCGACACUCCAAAACUUCUCUACCUCCAGUUGUUUUGACGAAGCAGAAGUAAAAUUUAUAAGAAAAUACCAAAUCAAAAAACUCUCAUCUACCCUAUACUCAUCAACUUCCCUUGUUAUCAAGCUACCUUCGAGCAUACAACCUGUAUGCAACUCAUUAAAUAGAUUUUGAUUAUAAAUGAAUGCUGUGUUAGCUCAAUCCACGAGCAUUUCUAUUAAUUGUUUGUAUGAAUUUAUAAUCUAAGGCUUUAAAUAAUUAAAAAAUACUAUGAAAAAAAAAUAAAA